AUGGCUUCUGACCAAACCCCAUCUAGAGGGGGCAUGUCCCUGUAUGCCAACCUACUUAAUUCUACUGAUACAUCGACCACCAUCUCUCGCGCUCCUGUGGUCUUUAAGCAGGCGGAGACCGAACAACAAGCGGACGACGCGGCUGCCAAAAAGCAACAGCUGAAUCCUGCUUCUCUUCGGUUCCAACCUCCCAAACGACCCCAGCUCUCAGCCCAGAAGCCUAAACCCAAACAUACUUUACCCAAGGCAAUAGCACAACCACAGCCCUCAGCUAACCAAGCUUCGGUACCGACGAAGAGUACUUUAGCUGAUUGGACCACUAUUGAAGAUGACGAUUAUGAGUACGCUCGAGAGAAGCGACAACGUGGCGGAAGAAAGAAGCGCAAGAAGAACCAUGAAACAGAUGUUGUCCAGAAUUACGAUGACUUCUAUGAGUCUUUUCGACCUACUAGCCAUGCACAGUACCGCUAUGCUGAUGAAAAGAUCAAUGAAGUCCGCGAGUGGAAAGAUCGCAUAUAUGCGCAUGUCAGAAAACGUUCACCGAGCAGAUUUUCAGAUAGCGAGGAUUACGACCGGCCAAAAAUGCGUAUGUUGAGAUGUUUUGCGAUUAGUGAUGAUUUCCAGACUAAGCAGAUAUCAGGACAAUUUGCACCUCCAAGCAACUUUGCACCGCCACCAAAUCUUAAUGAUAUGCCACCAGCUUCGGUUCCUAAUGACAUAUCUGGUGAUGAUGCAUUUGCUCGCCGUGCAGCAUUAGGGGAACGCUUCGACACUGAGUUCACCACCGCUCAGGCCCAAUUCCCGACCUCACCCCCACGCCAUACUGAGAUUCCUACUUCAACCCCCAAUAUCCCACCCUCGGGACAAGUGAUUCCACCUCCACCACCAUCACGCCCUCUUGACGCCUUCCAACCUAGCUCCGCGACUAUCUCCCGUGCACCAGUCCGAUACCAUCUCCCACCGGCCCCAGAAGACAUCCCGGCCUCCGAAGCUGAACUUGAAGCCGUAUUGGCCCAAGAGCAACCGUCCGAGGAGGAAGAACCAGAUGAAUCUGCGCCACGAUCCCUUCGUCCUGGACAAAAAGGCUUCGCAGAACGACUGCUUUCCAAGUAUGGCUGGACCAAGGGGUCUGGCCUCGGCGCUACUGGCUCUGGUAUGGUGAAGCCGCUGCAAGUCAAGAUUGAGAAGCGAAAGAAGCGACCAGACUCAGAGGGUGGUGGCUUUGUCACACCUGCUGGCCGAGGGAAGAUCAUUGGAAGCAACAAGAAAGGUGAAUACGAAACCAGCAAGUUCGGUCCCAUGAGCGAAGUGGUCAUACUGCAGGGCAUGCUGGAUGGAAUGGACUUGGAUGCUGAAAUGGAUGGAAGUAAUGAUGGUGGUUUGAUGCAGGAGAUUGGAGAGGAAUGUAAUGAAAAGUAUGGAAACGUGGAGCGAGUCUUCAUCGCUCGCGACGUCGCAGCCCCAGUCCCGGUCUUUGUCAAAUUCACCAAUCCCUUGUCAGGUCUACGGGCUGUGAACGCGCUCGAAGGCCGGAUUUUCAAUGGUAACAAAAUCGUUGCACGAUUUUUUGAUGCCGAGAAAUUCGAGCAGGGGAUUUACACGGACUAA